AAAUGCUUUAUAAAGGGCAAACUGCAUAUCAUAAGACCGGAUCUACUCAGCUCUUUUGCUCCACGCGGUGCAUCACUGGAUAUUCUUCACGGGUCUGCAUACCACCUCCUCCCAAGAAAACCUGCACAAACUGUUCAAAGUAUAAAAUUCUUAAUUACAUCCCUUUUUACUUUACUUUUUUAAUGUGUAUGUAGUUUAGUUCAAAUAUGCUGUUGUUAAAAAAACAAAACAAAAACCAAAGAUGCUGUUGCUACUUUAAAUCUCUUCAGCAUGUUUCUAUGGAAAUAGCUUUUUAGCUAAUUGAGAAAUUUGCAAAAUCUCAAGCUUUGUAACAUGAAAUAAGACUUGGUGUUAAAAGUGUCAUCUAAACCAGUUUUCUAUCUCUUUAAGUUUAAAUUUUACUGUGGAAAGAAAUAACAAACCAUUUGUGGGAAUUGUAGGACCACUCAUAUAUCCUGUAAUUGUAGACAACCAUUCACAAUUAUUUAUUAUCUUGAAAGUCACUGAAGUAGAAUAAAAUAGUAUAUAAGUUAUUUAAUUCUUUAGGAGAUAAAACACUAAGUGGUUACAAAAAUAAUGUGUUUAUUUCUGAAACAUCUUUGUGAGUUUUUGUGGGAGGUUAUUGUUGCUUACUGUCACAUGUAGGUGCAGAGAAAGGAAGAAAUAGCAACAAAGCCAUAUCAUAAACUUCUUUCUCUACCUUAGUAUGUGUGAAAAAUUUGGCAUGUUUUGCCUAUUCCUGUGUUAGUAUAGUUCUAGGAAUGCAUUGUGUUGUCAGUCAGUAGUCAUUAAUGUAAAAUGAUAAAAGUUAAGAGCUUGGUUUAGAUCAUGACUCUAUCCCUUAGAUUAAUGGUCCUUGACAUUGGGUCUAUAUUUAACUUUUCUAGGCCUCAGUUUCUUCAUUGGUCAAUAGUAUCUACUUAGAUUUUAAUGAAACAGUGUUAUUAGCCCAGGGCUUAGGACAUAGCAAAUGCUUGAUAAGUAGGAUCCUAUUACUUUUAAUAAUAAAAUUGGUAUCAUUAUGUAUGUUAACAUAGAAUUUAUAGGCCCCUCUUUUGUCUUUGGAGAUAUAUGACAGUUUUUUUUUUUUUUAUCUGCUUGGGUGUUGGCCUUACAUAUCUAAAAGUGAUCCUGUUAAAAUGGAAAUCUCCAACUAAAAAAAGAAAAAUUUAAAAAUAUUUUACAUAAAUAUUUUCAAAUUUAGUUUUGUUCUAAAAUGUUCUCCUAAUAUCUUACUUAAACUCUUCUAUACAUUCUCAUGAAACUGAUCUGGAAGGGUAAAAUUAGUUUUCUGUUUUUAGAUACUCUGUUUCAAGAUAUCAAAUAUCAAAAUAAAAUGAAUUAAAAUUUAAAGAAUGUAGCACAACUUAUACAUCCAAAUGCAUAUUAUUCUCUUAAAAAUAGUCACUCUCAUCAGGGACGUUUUACCACAGUGCUGCUCUUACUCAAAAAAUUUUUUUUAUCUUUUGAUUUGGCAUUGCAUUCAGAGCCUAUGAACCAUUCCUGUAGACCGAUUUAGGUGACAAAUCUGUUUAUACCAUGGGUUUGGUUCUUGCAAAUUGCCAAAAGUUGCUUGAUGCCUUUAUCAGUUGACUAUCAUAGACAGUUCAACUGAGUCAUACACUUAAAUGUGAUAUUUGACUCUCACAUUGAAAAGUUGUUCCUAGAAUUCUUGUAAAUAAAAGAGAAAUUAGGGGAUCCCUGGGUGGCUCAGCGGUUUAGCGUCUGCCUUUGGCCCAGGGCGCGAUCCUGGAGUCCCGGGAUCGAGUCCCACGUCAGGCUCCCGGCAUGGGCCUGCUUCUCCGUUCUCCUGUGUCUUUGCCUCUCUCUCUCUCUCUCUAUGUCUAUCAUAAAUAAAUAAAUCUUAAAAAAAAAAUAAAAGAGAAAUUAGAAGAAAGUUGGAGCCAUGGAUUUUGGACAUGUGUGUGUUUUUUAAGAUAACUGUUAAGGUGUAAGUUUCAUUUGGAUGUAUAAGGUUUUAGAAUGCAUUUAUAUUUAUGUGCACAGAUUUCCAUUAAAAAGUCAUUCUCAUUGGUUUAUGUAUGUGUAUAUUAUACCACUGGCAGAUUCACAUUAUUAAAUAACAUUCUUUAUUGCUUUGUUUUUAGUAGAAAAAUCACUUUUCAAAAUUAAUAACUUCAUCCGUGUGUAAGCAUAUCCACUUGGUUUCCAAGAUUCACUGUCCUAUUUUUAAGGUUAGAGACAUUUUAAAUCCAAAGGAUGUGAUCACAACCCGACUUGAAAAUUCUUCUCCUAGCAAAGAUUUCUGCAGCCAAUCAUGUCUGUCUUCUUAUGAGCUAAAGAAAAAACCUGUUGUCACCAUAUAUACCAAUAGCAUUUCAACCAAGUGCAGUAUGUGUCAAAAGAAUGCUGAUAUUCGAUUUGAAGUUAAAUAUCAAAAUGUGGUGCAUGGUCUUUGUAGUGAUGCCUGUUUUUCAAAAUUUCACUCCACCAACAAUCUCACCAUGAACUGUUGCGAGAACUGUGGUAGCUACUGCUAUAGUAGCUCUGGCCCAUGCCAGUCCCAGAAGGUUUUUAGUUCCACAAGUGUCACAGCGUAUAAGCAGAAUUCAGCCCAAACUCCUCCAUAUGCCUUGGGGAAAUCAUUGAGGCCCUCAGCUGAAAUGAUUGAGACUACCAAUGACUCAGGAAAAACCGAGCUUUUCUGCUCUAUUAAUUGCUUAUCUGCUUACAGAGUUAAGACAGUUAUUUCUUCAGGUGUCCAGGUUUCAUGUCAUAGUUGUAAAACCUCAGCAAUCCCUCAGUAUCACCUAGCCAUGUCCAAUGGAACUAUAUAUAGCUUCUGCAGCUCCAGUUGUGUGGUGGCUUUCCAGAAUGUAUUUAAUAAGCCAAAAGGAACAAACUCUUCAGCGGGGGCCCCAUCUCAGGGUCAAGUGGUUGUAAACCCACCGUCUGGGUCAGCAGUGUCAGCUGCAGGAGGUAACACCUCUGUUGGUUCUGGUUCUGGUUCUGCUUCUGGUCCUGCUUCCGGUCCCCCUGGCUCCAUCAGCAGCUCUGCCUCUGCCACAGCCAGUUUCCGGCCUCUUGCUGCCCCAUCUCAGCAAGUUGUGGUAGCCCGGACACUUGUUAAACUCAAGUGUCAGCACUGUUGCCAUCUGUUUGCCACAAAACCAGAACUCCUUUUCUACAAGGGUAAAAUGUUUCUGUUUUGUGGCAAGAAUUGCUCUGAUGAAUACAAAAAGAAAAAUAAAGUUAUGGCAAUGUGUGACUACUGCAAACUGCAGAAAAUUAUAAAGGAGACCGUCCGAUUCUCAGGGGUUGAUAAGCCAUUUUGUAGUGAAGUUUGCAAAUUCCUCUCUGCCCGUGACUUUGGAGAACGAUGGGGAAAUUACUGUAAGAUGUGCAGUUACUGCUCACAGACAUCCCCUAAUUUGGUCGAAAAUCGAUUGGAGGGCAAGUUAGAAGAGUUUUGUUGUGAAGAUUGCAUGUCCAAAUUUACAGUUUUAUUUUAUCAGAUGGCCAAGUGCGAUGGCUGUAAACGACAGGGUAAGCUAAGUGAGUCCAUCAAAUGGCGAGGAAACAUCAAACAUUUUUGUAACUUAUUUUGCGUCUUGGAGUUCUGUCAUUGGCAAAUUAUGAAUGAUCCUCUUUCACAAAAUAAAGUAAAUAUAUAUAAGGCGCAAAGUGCUUCAGUGGAGCUCCCUUCUGCAAGGAAAAAUACAACACCAGUUAUAACCAGUGUGGUGUCAUUGGCAAAAAUAUCUCCUACCCAGCCCACAGGGAACACUAACAGUGUAUUAAAAGGUGCAGCAGUUACUAAAGAGGCAGCAAAGAUCAUCGAAGAUGGAAGCACACAGACAGAUGCCACGAAACUUCUAUCUUCCCAGUCUUCCAGGCUUUUAAAAAACAAAGCAGUGUUGUGCAAGCCUGUCACACAGACCAAGGCCACCGCUUGCAAACCACAUACACAACACAAGGAAUGUCAGACAGAUUUCCCUAUGCCUAAUGAGAAAAAGGAAGCAGAACUUGAGUCUCCACCUGCAAAGAAGAAAAGAAUAGGUUUUUUCCAGACUUAUGAUGCAGAAUAUUUAAAAGUUGGUUUUAUUAUCUGUCCAGGAUCAAAAGAAAGUUCACCAAGGCCACAGUGUGUGAUUUGUGGAGAAAUCUUAUCCACUGAAAACAUGAAGCCAGCAAAUCUUUCUCAUCAUUUGAAGACAAAACAUUCAGAAUUAGAAAACAAACCAGUAGAUUUUUUUGAACAAAAAUCUCUUGAAAUGGAAUGUCAAAAUAGUUCUUUAAAAAAGUGUUUACUAGUUGAAAAGUCACUUGUGAAAGCUUCUUAUUUAAUUGCUUUCCAAAUUGCUGCCAGCAAGAAACCAUUCUCCAUUGCUGAAGAAUUAAUUAAACCAUAUUUAGUAGAAAUGUGUUCAGAAGUUUUGGGUUCAAGUGCUGGAGACCAAAUGAAAACCAUUCCUCUUUCUAAUAAUACAAUUGGACACAGGAUCGAUGAAUUGUCUGCAGACAUUGAAGAUCAGCUGAUUCAGAAAGUCACAAAGUCAAAGUGGUUUGCCCUUCAGGUAGAUGAAUCAUCUGAAAUCUCAAAUAUCACCCUUCUUUUGUGCUAUAUUCGUUUCAUUGAUUAUGAUUGCAGUGAUAUAAAAGAAGAAUUAUUAUGUUGCAUUGAAAUGCCUUCUCAAAUGACUGGUUUUGAGAUAUUUGAACUAAUAAAUAAAUACAUUGAUAGUAAAUCGUUGAAUUGGAAACAUUGUGUUGGUUUCUGUACAGAUGGGGCUGCAAGCAUGACUGGCAGGUGUUCUGGUUUAAGGGCAAAAAUUCAAGAAAUUGCUGCGAAUACAGUGGCAUUUACAUACUGUUUUAUUCACCGUGAACAUUUAGCAGCAGAAAAGUUGUCUCCAUGCUUACAUGAAAUUCUUUUGCAGUCAGCACAAAUUUUAAGCUUUAUAAAGAGCAAUGCAUUGAAUUCGCGAAUGUUAACAAUUUUAUGUGAAGAAAUGGGGUCUGAGCAUGUGAAUUUACCACUCCAGGCUGAAGUACGUUGGAUAUCAAGAGGGAGAAUUUUAACAAGAUUAUUUGAAUUACGACAUGAAGUUGAAAUUUUUUUAAACCAAAAGCAUUCAGACUUGGCCAAGUAUUUUCUUGAUGAGGAAUGGGUUGCAAAGCUGGCCUAUUUAUCAGAUAUUUUUUCACUUAUAAAUGAACUCAAUUCAGGUCUCCAAGGAACUAUGACUACUCUCUUCAAUUUGUAUAAUAAAAUGGAUAUAUUUAAGGAAAAGUUAAAAAUGUGGUUGAAGCGCACACAAGAGAAUGAUUAUGACAUGUUCCCUUCAUUUUCUGAAUUCUUACACUCAUCAGACUUAAAUAUGAGAGGCAUUGCAAGCAUUAUUUUUGAGCACCUGGAAGGUCUUUCUCAAAUGUUCCAUGACUGUUACCCACCAGAAGAAGACUUGCGCUCAGGAAAUUUGUGGAUAAUUAAUCCUUUUAUGAAUCACCGAAAUAGUAACCUCACGGACUUCGAAGAAGAAAAACUAGUACAGUUAUCUUCAGAUUUGGAAUUACAAUCAGUAUUUAAAUCAAUGUCUGUAACUCAGUUUUGGAUAAAUGCAAAGACAAGUUACCCAGAACUCCAUGAAAAGGCAAUGAAGUUUUUAUUGCCUUUUUCUACUAUUUAUUUAUGUGAUGCUACAUUUUCUGCCUUGACAGAGUCAAAACAAAGAAAUCUGUUGGUUUCUGGUCCUGCCCUAAGACUUGCAGUCACAUCUUUAAUUCCAAGGAUAGAAAAAUUAGUAAAGGAGAAAGAAUAGAAACAUGGCAAUUGCUUAUUAUCAAAGUCUAUAAUUUUGUGUGAAGUUUUGUAUAAGUACUCUAAAAUAUAAUUUCUUAAUGUGGAUAUGUGUUUUCAGUGAUUAAAUAAGUCUUUUAAUUAA